CGAAAUCCGCGCCACCUUUCUCCCGUCCGUGAGAAGAACACCCUCCAGCAUCCUGGCGCGCAUCGACCGGCGCGACGCGACGCGUCGCCUCGUAGUUCCCGCGAUAAGGCAGGACGAGCGGUGAUUCGCGAUCGGGCAUCGGGCGAAUAUCAACACUGGUCAAGGAGGUUCCCGCACGUGGAAUGAGAACAGGUGAUCCCGAACGGCUUUUCUCCCUCUUCGAUGCUAUUUUUCCUCAAAAUUGCGAGCCAAAUUUUGAACGACGGAUCUGUCGGUUCAGCGUACGAACGGCCGUUCGGUAACGCCUAUUCUUACUUCGGGUGCAGACGAGAAGUGAACAUUUGCUGACCAAUCACUCACGACUUUCAGCUGUGAGCUCAACGAGAUUUCCAAGCUUGCUUCGAGAACGCGCGCAUACACUUGUGUUUUCCUUUUUCUGACACAACGAUAAAACAUUUGAACAUCUCCAAAUCCGGAGACACUUCCGGUGACGUCCGAAAUUCCGAUUCUUGAAAUUCGGACCUGAGAGUUGGACAGGCGUUUCCAGAAGCGUCUUCGAAAUAGAUUCAUCACCUGGCAGAGCGAGCUGCCCGUCUGACCUUUGAGAUCUGCGCGCGUUUAUCGCGAAAACCCCGGGAGAAUAAUUGCUGUUUAUUCACAGCCGAGCGCCGCGAUCGCAGGAUCGCGUCGCCCUUGCCAAGAGCUGAAAAAUACUUCCGCGACGCUAUCACAGCCUCCCGCGGCGUCAUCGGUUCCGCCAGAGUGCGAAACGACGCCGGAGAGUUGAGUUACGACGGGAGCAGGUGUUGGGUGCAUUGCGACACCUCGUCUGGCGGGAAUAUUAUUCGGAGGUGAGGUAACGGUGUCGGGAUUCUCCAAAAACGAGGAAAAGCUUGCGACGAGUUCGCGUCCACCUUCGAUCGAGGUGGUCGUCCGGAAACGAGCGGCGCUCGUCGAGGCCGACGAGAGAAAGAGAGAGAGAAAAAGAGAGACCGACGCCACUGAAGACGACGAAUCACCAUCGGCAACCGAAAUAGCGUGAAAAAGCGCCGACAUUUCGAUUCAUUGGACACUCGAUCUCGAUUGUCAAAGCGAGCCUGUGAUUUACGUCCUGCUGCGGUCCGAAAAUAGCGGAAUUACCGCUCAUCGGGAUCCAACCAAUCGUAGAUCAGCGCGUCGCCGGGCUAGCCGGGCCACAAUCCGCGCCGGACGACUUGAAUUCGAUACGACCAAGGGGGAAGAUCGAUACCGGCGGUAAAGAAAGAGAGAGAGAGAGAGGAACUCGCCUCUCCUAUGUGACGUGUGCUUGAUUAUUCGACACGAUUAUUCAGCGGCGCCGGGGAAACCAUGAGGUAAGUCGCCAUGAGGUAAAAUGCAUCAACGGUUGAAUCGGCUCUUUCAGGAAACAACGAACUCGCGAGGAGGAAAUCGCGUGCGACGGCCGCUGUCACAGCCGGCGCGUGCUCAUUCACGUGCGGCGCGUCCGUCCGCCGGCACGAAGCCGCUCCCAUCACGAGGAAGGGACGGAAGGCGCGACUCGGAGCUAUCAAUUAAACGAGAGCACGGUGUGAGACGCGAGGAACACGAAGAGGUCGUCGGAGGAGGCUACGCUCGACCGAAGAGCUGCGCGUGGCCCACCUGGCGCGCGAUAUUCCGCGCAAGGACACCGGGAACGAUCCUAGCACUGCCGACGUGACACGAGCUCGGCGAAGCCCACGACUAACGCACCAGCCGGCGCCGAGGAGGAACGGCCGCCGGGUCAGGUGUAUGCGGCACUUGUUGAUAAGCCCGAGAGCGGAUUGAUUAGUGGACGUGCGAAGUUUCACGAACGCAGUCGACCACUCACGAGCUCGCCUAUCGAUUUGCCGAAAGCAGCCCGGUUCAAACUCCGGUCCACGCUCUCUCCUCUCCUCUCUCCGCUCCUCUCCUCUCGCGUCGUCCGCCGGCCGAGACUAGCCGGGCUAGUCCAUUCCGACGGCGAGAAACGGAAGCUCCCGAAUUCCAAUCGCCGUGGACGAGGUCCGAUCGUUUCACAAUUGUUGCGCAAUUGUCACUCUUUGGACUGUUUAACUGCUUUUUUUUUUUGCUAUUUUUCAACUUCAUCUUUAGGGUUAAAUUUCUCCGCGACAUCCCCGCACGACGACACGAUGAUCGCUGCUCGCGUACGUUUAACGUCCGUCGCGGUUACCGAUAAUCUACUUCGAGCAGCCCGCGAGGCUUGGAUCGUCCUGAGGUCUGUUCUUUUUCACUGAACCAGCGUACGCUUGCAGAACUUAGAAAAAGAGACGUAGACACGGUACGAUCUUUUCAGUCGAACUGGCUGCGCUAGUUCAAGAUUUACACACGCGCAUUGAAGUUUACAUACACAUUGAAGCGUGUGAAACGGCUUUCACGUUUCAAUGUGCGCAAAUCUCUCGAACUGGUGCGGCCAGUUCAGCUAAAAGGAAUAGAACUCUGGAUUCAGUGAGCACGAACGAAAUAUAUGCCGUUAACGUUAUCGCGCGAAUUACCGCGCGACUUGCGAGGAUCCUUCGCGGCGAGAUCGCCGGAUGCGGGCUCUUCGUAACGUUGUUAACCUUAAUCGAUAUGACGACCGGAGGAUCUCUUCGUGAUUAUUGAUAAACCGAACGCGAAACUGCGUUUUGUAUUCGGGUAUAAAACAAACACGCUAGAUUCCCCACGUAUAUUACACGUGAUAAGUGCAAAGGAUAAAGGAAUUGGGAAAUGACACGUCGGAAUGGACACGUCGGACGUCGUCGUUGACGUUCGGAAGCUUGAGAAGAUUCGCGAGACGUACAGGUUAAAUCAGGCUGGGAAAUUAAUUGUAAAUGUAGCGAAGCGACGCCUAAUUCGACACACGACGAAUGAAGGAUAUUCACAGCGCGUGUAAAAUUUCUAUCUCACUCACCCAGACCGUCGAGAGGAACCGUCGGCGUUCGGCUGGAUCGAUGCGAAAUUGCAUCUUUACUCCGUUUCGUAAUCAUCGUACGUACGCACCACAUUAUGUCGACCGACGAGAAUUGCCGAACGGAUAAGCAUACACAACAGAUAACAUCGUUAAAUCUCGAUCCGUUCACUCCGGAACACGCUGUCACCGGUCGGCGGAGCGACCAUCGCUCGACGCAUUUUCAUUUCGACGACAUAGAAAAAUGUAUCGUCUCGGUCACCAAAACGAUUACGAAACUCCCUUCUUAAGGAGUUCCGCAAUGCAUCUCGUGUUCAACGAAGAAAAAAAAGAAGGAGAAGGAAAAAAGAAGGAGGAGCAAUGGUGAAUUUACGAUAUCAAGCUACCGUCUGUGUACACGGAGAAAAAAUAGAAUUGCAUCGCGAGGGAAAAUAAUUACUUGUUUUAUUGUUCUUCUUUUGAGUAACGAUUAUCUCUCGAACGAAGAAUAUUUUUUCUUGAUAACGGCAUUAAAAUAUAGAGGAACAGUAGCUCUAAACCAGCAGAGGAGUGAAAAAUUCUCUCUCUCUCUCUCUCUCUCUCUCUCUCUCUCUCUUUAUACACAGAGUGUCGAGAUCAACGUGGAUAAACUUAACAAGGUGUAGAACGGAUAAAGAUGAAUAAAAAAAGUUCCCUAUUAUUUCAAACAAAUCCUCUUAGCGGACACGAGAGGCGUUGCGAAAUUGAAAAAAGUGUUGCAACUUUAACCUGUCGACUGCUUGUGUACGCUCAUCGUCCGAUCAACGAUGUUCCGGACGUCAGGUCGCGUCGAAAAAAGGAAGGAAAAAAGAAGAGACUUCCGUGUUAAUGACUAUUGCGACCUCAGUCUGGGACAAAGGGUGGCGCGUGAUGCAACGCGGCAAAUAUUAGGAAUUCAAAUUAGAAAUUCAAAUUCGGCUUUGUCUGUCCGGCCACGCCUUUCCUCCGUGAUCUAAGCGCGAGAUCGGUGAUCUUAACCGGUUCGCGCGACGCUGCAACGCCGAGGUUGAAUUCACCUGACGCUCUCUCACCAGGUAUUCCCGCUACCCGGUGACCGAUCGACUCGUCCUCCGCGCGACCGGAACGUUUAGGGUUACAUACGGGUUAGAUGCGAUCGGUUAUCGUCCGGCGCGAUUCUCUCUCCACGGCGUUUUACGUUUACGAGCGUCUCUCUCACCGCCGAUCGCCGAGUUCGCUCGAUCGGACGGGGAGAGAACGAGAAAAGGACGCAAAUUGAUCCUCGCAGCUCCGGCUCUAAGCGCGUCGGCGCCCCGAACGGGUUCUCGCGUUGUUUAGGAACGAGGCCGGAAACCAGGUCGCCUGGAAGCGCGGUUCUCCGCGUGGACUUUCGAAUCCGUGUCUUUUAAGUCUCGAAAUUCAAUUUCGAUGCUUCUCAAAAUUACUGAACAGAGGACGUCGCGUGGUAAAUGGCAAAUAAAGGACGCGACGCCGUCUCUUCCGAGAGAGAUGCAAAGUCACGUCGUCGAGCCCGUUACAGAUGGGCGGAAACCUCUAAGAGACGCCUGAAAAAUAUCUAUCUUUUAUUUCUUGGUGGUCUUUUCAAAAUUUGUGUCACCUGGAUAAUAUAUAAUUACGAAAAAAUUAGAUUUUAUUUUCUGUUAUUGUAAAGAUUUUUUAAGUAUUCGGAUAUAUUUAAAAAUUCUAUACUGUUCCUCGAUGAGGCUACACACACACACACACACACAUAGCAUUAUAUAAACUAUAUAUAAUACUAAAGGGAUGUUCUCGUAUAAAUGUACAAAGUAAAAAAUACAAAUAAAUAAAAUAAUUAUCGUGAACGGGAUCGACGUCGGUCGGCGACGCGGUGCGGCAGGCCGGUGGUGUCGAGGGAGAGAGGGUGGUGGUCCCGAUCAACCCUGAAGCCGGUACUGGCAGUCUUCUCGGCCUCUCUCGCGAACGCUUCUCUCGUUUCGCGAAUCGCUCCGUGCGUUCCGCGAGUUACGCAUUAAAAAAGAAUAGUAGCGCGCCGUAUCUUGUGCGUACUCGAGGAUCGAGCCGUGGAGAGGACAGGAGAGCGGAGGAGAGGAGAGACGAGAGACAGAGAUGACGAGCAAACGUUGCUCGUAGAAGCAAAAAGAAAAAAACGGGUGAUGUUCGAGUUCCCCGGGGUGGGGAUUCUCUCCGCGCGCGCGGCCAGGAAUAUAUAAAUCGCGGCACAGGUAGGGCUGAAAUUCAGGUUGCCGCGGAUCUGGGACUAUCUGAGACUAUCGGCAGCAUGCGGCCAGGACAAGCGAUGCGGGAUCGGAUCGUUGUGUUCUUCGUGAUGAUGAUGGCGACGCUCGGCACGACGGUGUCGAAACCGUUAUGGUCGACUUUAACGGCCGGCGAUAAUUACUUGUAUCCGACGGGCGACGAGGUCAACGCGCAGCCGCAGUAUCUCGCAGCGUAUCAAAGCUCACCUUAUUACGUGUACAAUGUACACGCGAAUGUAGGAGACGUGCCGGCCGCUGUCUUCGCCGCCGGCAAACCGGAAGUCGCGCACAUCCCCGCUUACAGCUUCUACUACGGAAUGCCGAUCUACAACAUUGGGAUCCCGUUGAACCCGAUUUACCCCGUGUUGACGCCGUCGCAUCCGGGGCUCCCCGGCAGACCGUUACUUCCGCCGACGUCGACCCAGGAGCCGUUCGACGUGGACAUCGACGACGACCGUAUCGAGAAGUUGGACUCGAAGGUCGAGCCCGGCACGGAGACGAAAAAGCCGGCGAACAGCGGCGAGCAGGACGAAGAUUCUAUAACUGUGGAAGCGAUAUGAGAUCAUUUCACCUGCGGUCACGCGCGGUAAUGAAUGCGAACGUGGGAGGAAUGGAGGCUUAAUUGCGCGGGAACGACGCGAUCGCUUCCUCAUACCUCGUUAUAUUUUGAUAUUCACGUUGCGUCACCCUACGUGCGACUCAGACUCCGACAGAGGCGCGAGGGACUUCCCGCGACCAAGAUUUCUCUUUAUUCCUUUAUCAAAACAAAUCUUAUAUGAAAGAUUCAAACCUGUAAAUCAUAUUAGCAUAUCUCGCUAAUCCGAUGUUCAUCCACGGUUGAAUACUUUAAUAUGUCAAUGCCCGAGUUUGGAUCUGCUGCUAACACAAGGUUCAACCGGAACCUGAUUUAAUUAAUUUUCUUUGCACUUUUUUGUCCCCUCUGUCGCGGCAAAGGAUAAUAUCCCGUUAAUUAAGAAUACGGAUGUGAAUAUUAAGAGCUGUGCUCUUGGGAAUUGUACGUAAAAAAGUAGAAUGUAUCGUCUGUAAUAAACUGACACUUCAAUGCGC